AUGCGCGUGGGAGGUCGCUUGAACUACUCGAGUUACGAUGAGUCGUUUCAACAUCCCGUGGUUCUUCCAAACCGUCAUCCCGUGACAGAUUUAAUAAUCAACUAUUUCCACGAACUAGAAGAGCACUGCGGGACGGCACAAGUAUUGGGGGCUAUCCGUCAAAAGUUUUGGAUCGUGAAGGGAAGCGUUUCAGUUAAGCGCGUUAUUGGUCUGGCCAUCGUGGAGGAGUAUGGGGACGUGUGA